UGUCGUAUGAUGUUAAAAGAUCAUAAUUUGAUGACUCAACAGUCUUUCCACCAACUUGUGCAAAAGAAACCAUUUUUUCCAUCUGCAGUGUGGCAUAAUGCAGUAAGAGGCAUGUUUAUUCAAACUCAGGACACACCAAACCCAAAUAGUCUGAAGUUUAUUCCAGGGAAGGAGGUGCUGGAGUCGAGGACUAUGGAGUUUUCCACGCCAGCUGCAGCAUUUUGUUCACCUUUAGCAAGACAGUUAUUCAAAAUUGAAGGAGUUAAAAGUGUUUUCUUUGGACCAGACUUUAUCACAGUCACCAAGGAGAGUGAAGACCUGGAUUGGAACUUACUGAAACCAGAUAUUUAUGCAACUAUAAUGGAUUUCUUUGCCUCUGGCUUACCUGUAGUUACCGAUGAGGCACCUAGGACUGACACAGCUGCAUCAGAAGAAGAUGAUGAAGUUGUACUGAUGAUUAAAGAACUGCUGGAUACAAGAAUAAGGCCAACAGUGCAAGAAGAUGGUGGUGAUGUUAUUUAUAAAGGCUUUGAGGACGGGAUUGUGCAGCUGAAGUUGCAGGGUUCGUGCACCAGCUGUCCCAGUUCCAUCAUCACCCUGAAGAACGGGAUACAGAACAUGCUCCAAUUCUACAUCCCUGAAGUAGAAGGCGUGGAACAGGUUGUUGACGACGAUGACGUGGAGAAAGAAGCAAAUUCCACUUGAGCUAGCAUCAUCUGUGGCCAAAUAAGUAUUUACCUCUUGGUGUAUGUAAAGUAUCUUUGUGCUGAGGAACAACCAAAUUUGCCUUUCUUUUCAGAAAAAUAGUUGCACUUAUAGCUGUGAAAAUGUAUCAUCAGUUUGAGCAGUUUGUCCACUAAUUUAUUAUAUGCCCCGCAUUCAAAAAAGAA